CUUCUUCCUACUCUUUUGAACAUAUAAUUGUGCUAUAUGAUGACUGUUCUCGUUUCCUUUUUUUACAAUUUUACUGACUUUACUUUCUGUCAAUUUAUUACUUCAUGUUCAAUAAACAAACAAACAAACAAACAAACAAACAAUGAAUUGGUCCGGCCCUCAUAAAGACGGUACCAAUAUUGCAGCAUAUGUGAGGUUAUAGCUGUUGGCCUUGAGGGCUUGCUCAUGCUUUCUGUUGUAGUUCAUCCCAAAAGGUGUUUGAUGGGAUUACGGUCAGCAUUCUGCGCAAGAGCUUCUACGUCAAAUUCACCGAAAUAUGCUUGGGCUUCUUCCUUCCUCAAAUAGGUGACAUUCCACAUGCCUCGAGCCAGCUUUUUGUAGCCGUGGAGCGGACCGCCAAGGUGCCCGCCACCUGGCGACAUUUUCCUUGUUAACUAUUGAGAAGAGAGAAUAAAGAAAAGAGGGGCUGACCUGAGGAAAAGAAUCAUCUCUUAUGAGUUGUGCUAGAGGUCACUGGCUUCCCAGAAGCCCCCUUGUGAUGUGAUGCAAUUUUAAACUAUGUGUUUCAUCAUGGCUGAACCCUUUUCAAGUUCAUUUGUCUCCAUUCUGGAUUAUUUGAAUUGUUCUCUGCCCGUGGGUUUGCUCUGAAGGAGCAAAGAGAGGCUGGAAAAGAAGUUUACCAUAGAAACUCGGAUGCAUGCUUCUUUUCGGUAAGGAAGCACCAAACUGGCUGAGGGUUUUUAUAUUCUGUUUAUUCUAACAACCAGAAUUUCUUGCCGCAUGGUAGAACCUCCAAGACAGUCCCGUGCUCUUAUGUGCUUCAGCAGGUGAGAACCACAUGAAGACUGUAUUAGCUUCCCACAUCAGCCACCUUAUAAGGAUAUAGUCAGGGUAGACGCAGUCGGAAAUGUUCACAGUGAAGGUCUGUCGUCACACUUCUCUUGAGUCUCAUUAUCCACAUCUCUGAUGCUGCUUGACCUUCAAAACGACAAACAUCCUGUAUGCCGGCGAUUCUCGGGUCACAGAACUGUUGGCAGUGGUUCGUGGGCAGCAAUUUAGAAAGGUGACCACGGCGUGUCAAACUAGCACCAACUAUGAGCUUCCUCCCACUCCUCAGCUGCCCUUAAAGCACGUAGAUACUCCGGGGUCAGCCAGGUCCUGCAAGAGUGCCGAAAUAAAGCGAAAGCAGUCACGGAGUCAGAGUAUGGUCCAGGACAUGGAGGAGAGCUAUGAGGUGGACCUGGUCUACAUCACAGAGAGGAUCAUCUCCUUCUCCUUUCCUGCCACUGCCGAGGAGCGCAGCUACAUCGCCCACCUCAAGGAGGUGGCGGCCAUGCUGCGCUCCAAACACGGUGACCACUACCUGGUGCUCAACCUGAGUGAGUUGAGGAACGACCUAGCCGCAUUAAACCCCAAGGUGCUGGAGUUCGGCUGGCCAGACCAUCAUGCGCCUCCACUGGACAAAAUCUGCAGCAUGUGCAAGGCCAUCGACACGUGGCUCAAUGGCGACCCGCACAAUGUCGUGGUGCUUCACAACAAAGGAAACCGAGGUCGGACGGGGGUGGUGGUGGCAGCCUACAUGCACUACAGCAACAUAUCGGCAAGCGCUGACCAGGCAUUGGACAGGUUCGCCAUGAGGCGUUUCUAUGAGGACAAAGCGCUUCCUAUGGGCCAGCCCUCGCAGAGAAGGUACGUGCGAUACUUUAACGGUCUUUUGUCGGGAGACAUAAAAAUCAACAACAAGCCCCUGUUCCUGCACCACGUCAUCAUGCACGGAAUUCCCAACUUUGAGUCCAAAGGAGGCUGCCGUCCAUUCCUAAAGAUUUACCAGGCGAUGCAGCCAGUCUAUACGUCGGGAAUAUACAAUGUGCAGGGAGAUGGCAACACCAGUAUUUGCAUCACCAUUGAACCCGGCCUCCUGCUAAAAGGCGACAUCCUGCUCAAGUGUUACCACAAGCGCUACAGAAACCCCACCAGGGAUGUUGUCUUCAGGGUGCAGUUCCACACGUGCGCUAUCCAUGAUUUGGGAGUGGUGUUUGGGAAAAGCGAAUUGGACGAGACAUUCAAAGAUGACAGAUUCCCCGAGUAUGGGAAGGUGGAAUUUGUUUUUUCUUAUGGUCCUCAGAAAAUCAAAGGCCUUGGCCAUCUGGAGAAUGGACCGAGCGUCUGUGUGGACUACAACACUCAGGAUCCUUUGAUCCGUUGGGACUCAUACGAGAACUUCAGUCAUCGCUGUGAGGGAGCUGCUGAUUAUCAGCACGAUGUUGUUCACAGUCAAGGUCCACUUGAUGGAAGCCUUUAUGCACAGGUCAGAAAGAAAGACUCCCUGGAGGGAGUGGUCACCGUCAAUGGCCUCCCAGUCCUUGGAGACCCCCUGACUGCCCCAGAGAACCCUUUGCAACACCCCAACCAACACCUUCAACCAUCAGAGCACACCCUUCCUGUAAUAGGUCACGCCUCUCUCCCCACUGUCGACCACACUCUGUCUGUGAGCAGCGAUUCGGGAAACUCCACCGCCUCCGUCAAGACAGACCGCACAGAGGAACACAGUCACUCUCUGCAGGGGGGCUCAAACCACAGUAACACAGGAGUAAGUCAUCCGUCCCUUAGCCCCCAGGAGAAGAGAGAACUGGACCGGCUUCUAAGCGGUCUUGAGGAGCCUGUUCAUCAACGACAAGUUUAUUUGUCUAGUUCAACCAGUCCGGGAGGUGGUGUCCGGCACCUGGUCCCUGCACAGGUGCAUGUCAACGGGGGUCACACCAGACUAAUUGGUGCCCCUUCCACAGAAGAGCGUGAGACAGAUAUUCUUGAUGACGAGCUUCCCAAUAGCCAAGAGGGCAACAGUGUGGACAGUUUGGGCACACUCUCAUCCUUAGAGGGCCAAGCCACACCAGGUGACCUCUACUAUCACUCACAAGCCCUUGUCAAGAACGACGGCCACCAUCUUGAAUCAGGUGUUCUCAGCGAUAAGUUUAGUGUGAUGCCUGUGCACGGACUACAGACGCCCACUGCAAUGCAGGAGCGCAGUGCCUCUGUGUCACCAUCGGGGGGAUGUAACAAUUUCCAGAAUGGAAGUGGAAUGUAUCGCUCACAGUCCUUUGGUAGCGCGCCUGGAAGAAGUCCUGAGUCCAACCCUAAACUCAUGCCCAGGGCCCCCGAGAGAAGCACCAGUAGCCGGGAGGCUGUUCAAAGGGGACUCAGUACAUGGCACCAGUACAGCCUCCCGGAUGAUCCUUUUGGCCCGCCCCUCCAGUCCACCAAUAGCUUGCCACGUUUUCCCUCCUCAGCUUCACAAAGGGACAUUGAGCAAUCCAUUGAAGCGCUCAACAUGCUCAUGCUCGACCUGAACCCGAUCAACUCCCACAUGUCCAAGUCACACAGUGCUCCCCCUGGAGAAAACACCUUCAGUUCAUCACCCGUGCCCUUCUCCCAGACACUCACAAGGCCAUCCUACCAAGCUGACGCGGCCAUCCAUGGCUACAGCUCCUCUGGGUCAUCCAAUAAUACUUUCCAUCAGCCACCACGCGUGACUGUGAGAACUUUUCCCAACCAGAGCCCUCUUUUGGAGUCUCCGGUACACUCCCCUCAAAGGCCCACCCCCAUUUCGCAAAACCAAAACACCACACCAUCACACACACCUGAGCCCUACAUGCACACACGUCAAGCACUGCAGCAGUUCCCCUCAGAUCCCUCCACAAAUGUCCAUCUACCGUUGAAUCCUGUAAACUUGUACAUGGUCGGCACAGUGUCCCACUCUCCGGACCUACAGGGGUCAUCUCCCUAUCCGGGCUGCAGUGAGUCCUCCACUCCACUUCCUGCUCUCACCCCUGAACCUAAGGACACCUCCUCCUCCUCUUUGCCCCAAGAACAGAAUGCUGAGGAGGGGGCGUUGAACCUAGAGGGCCUGGUUGCUCACCGCAUUGCCGAGUACAACGCUCGUAUCCGUGGCAUCAGUGAAAGCGUAACACUGCAACAGUCUGACCGCCUUCGUUCCUAUUCCUUCUCCGGGGUACGCUCUAGGGCAAUGACCCCAGAAGUAAGCCAGGAGACGGGCCGCCGUAGAACCACCAGUGAGGGUCAGUACCACAGUGUGCAUGACAACAGGCCAGAUGGCCAUUCAACAGACUUCAGCAUCAGUCUGCCCCACAACACAAGAGGAAGACCAGGAGAGGGUUCCGUGCACAGCUACCGGGAUGCAUUUGAGGACAGCGAUAUCGAUAGAUUUGUCAGGAACAGCCCUGCUUUGGGGGGCUGUGCUCGUUCCCCACCAGGCUGGUUGUCAGCAGCGGGAAUGAAGGCUAAUCAAAAAUUUGAACCAGACUCUGCUUCAAGUCAUGGAGAACAAGAUCAUCGUAGUUUUGUGGAACUUAGAGCACAACAGUUCAGCAGUCCUCUCACCUCUAGCAGUCCUAUACACAGCCCCGAAGGGAGACGUGGCUCUUCUGACCACAGCUCAACACCAUUUUGUCCUCACACACACGCCUCCCCUGAUGGCUCCCAGGUAAAUAUCAUGGGUGUCCACACUGUCCCUGGUAGCCCCAACACCCUCCACCGCACAGUGGCCACCAAUACUCCCCCAAGCCCUGCUCUCCAAAGGCGCCUGGGCCAAGGCAGUCCUUCACCGGUCAGACGCACCCCUGCAGCAGGUGCCAGCAGGGACGGCAUCCCCUCCAGCCCCUUAAUUGGCCGAAACCCCAAAACGAGUGCAAGUGUGCCACCCGCCAGCCCCCUGAUGGGGCGGCGAGCUGCAGCGGGAGGCCACAGUACCCCAGAUGAGUUAGGGGCCACGUCUCGUCAGGCUCAGCCACCUUCCACGCCCGCCUUCCCCGUCUCCCCCGAGCUGCCAGUGAAGAGGCACGCAAGCAGCGGAGAUGCAGAGAGGAUGGACAGCAAGAACCUCGCAGCCGAGGUUGGAGGGUCAAACUUGACUGGAACUUACCCAGACACCGCCAAGCCCAUCUAUGAUGGUUAUCCGGACAUCAAAAUGAAUGUUAAGUUUGUCCAAGACACGUCCAAGUUCUGGUACAAGCCCGACAUUUCCCGAGAACAAGCCAUUAACGUGCUGAAGGACAGGGAGCCCGGCGCCUUUGUCAUCAGGGACAGCCACUCCUUCCGUGGGGCUUACGGUCUUGCCUUGAAGGUGGCCUGCCCACCACCAACAGUAAAACAAAGCAAAAAAGUUGCUGAUCUGACCAAUGAGCUGGUGAGACAUUUCCUGAUCGAAACAAGCCCCAAAGGUGUUCGCCUGAAGGGUUGUGCCAAUGAGCCCUACUUUGGUUGUCUCUCUGCGCUUGUUUAUCAACACUCCAUGACGCCUUUGGCGCUGCCCUGCAAGCUCAUGAUCCCCACCAGAGACCCAAAUGAGGAAGCGUUGGAGCUGGCUAUACCCACCGACCCAGUUGUGGAGCUUUUGAAACAAGGAACAGUUCAGAAGGUUCCGGAGGAGUCUUACGCGUCUAACGUGCUUUACAUUAACUCUGUGGAUAUGGAGUCCUUGACUGGCCCUCAAGCCAUUGCCAAGGCCAUCAGUCAGACACUUACGACCAAUCCCCAGCCUGCCGCCACCGUCGUCCACUGUAAAGUGUCCCCACAGGGCAUCAUGCUCACAGACAGUCACAGAAAGCUCUUCUUCAGGCGGCAUUAUCCACUAAGCAGUAUAACCUACUGUGACGCCGACCCCCAGGGCAGAAGGUGGGGCCAAGAGGGUGGUCGUUCACUUAGGCUUUUUGGCUUCGUAGCGAGAAAACAGGGAAGCACAACAGACAAUGUCAGCCACCUGUUUGCCGAGCUGGAUCCUGACCAGCCGGCCUCGACCAUAGUCAGCUUUGUCUCCAAAAUGAUGAGGCGGUGAAACGCAUGUCGGGAUGGCGCCUAUUUUUAAAUCCAUCAUUUUGGUGUCUUUUUAUCUCUGGGAUCCGACGAUCUCCUCUUAUUAUUUUUAAAAAUUAGAUUCAUGUAUAUAUAUAUAUUUUUGUUUUUGUUUUUCUGCCUUUCUAGUUUGGCGUAUUGCAAGUAUCUUUUUGUGCAAGAGGCAUUGUGAACUUGUGAGAGGAUGUGCCAAUGUGGGCCUGCAAAUGUGACGAACAUGGAGGCCGCUGGACUGAAAUGCGGAGAGGAGAGCGGAUGAAACUGGCAAGUUCGGUGUGAGGACAUGUGAGGCUCGAAUGUUUCAGGGUGUUUUCCCAUUUUUCUUGAUUGAUUUACCAAAGGUGAAUGGCGUAGCGAUUAAGCCAUUCUUAUUGUUUCCUUCUGUAAAAGAUGUACAGUACCUACGACACGCAGAAAAGAAAAAAAUUACUUUCUUCUUCUUGUUGUCUUCAGGAAGGAAAAAAAAACCAUUGUCUGAAGACCUAAUGCAUGUUAACUUGACCUUUAAGCUCAGUUCUCCUCCUACCGUCCACUCACCCUUGUGGAGCACUUAGUGUGAGCUUUUCUGGUUCUGCUGUGUUAGAAAGGGCUCCGCAGUGAAACGGCGACUGAUCGAAACUGCACAUUGCAGACCAGCCCCACUCCCCAAAAAAGAAAAACCGCACACACACUAACACUACCCCACGCCCACCCACCUCCUUUUCUUGCAAGAUGCUUUACACUGCAAGCAACUGGUGACUUUGACAGGUUGUCCACAGGGUACAGCCCCCCCCCAGUCAGCUUGCACCAGGACGCUUGUCACGGAAUGACACUGAAAAGCACCUCCAGGAAGCUGAACCUGGACCUAUGCACUGUUCUUUCUGCAUGCUGUUUUUCCUUCGCAGCGGCAUUCACUGAAAACAUUCUGCGCUGUGUGCCCUCGUAGACACUGAGGCCAUUUGACUUGUCAAAGACCGCAUGAAGUAGACUUUUUUAAAUAUUCUCAGAGUCCUCAACAAGAUGUAGACAACCCAUUUUUGAAGUAGUCAAAUGAUGGUGGUGCGCUAUAUUUUUAUUUUAAGUGUUGGUCUGAUGGGUUUAGUGUACCGGGGGUGGGUCUGUCUCCAUUUUGUUUCCACUGUGUGUCACAAAUUACAUAGAGAUGUUUUUAGCAGAUAAAAACAAUACGUGAGUACUCACACUGUGCACAUUUCCACACACGCAAGCAUCUACAAGAGGAUAGAUAUAUAUGUACAUAGGUGAACUACUUUGAAAGGUGACUUAGCGAAAUGUAUUUAUUUUUGUUGCUUUGGUCCCUCAUGAGUACUCAUUAUGCAUAUAUUGUACAGUCUAGAUAGAGAAAUGGGUUCAGAAAAAAAUCUACUUAUUUUGGCUAAUGAUUUCAAAGUCUGAGGAUUUUGAAAUGUUUGAAUAUAUGGUGUACAUUAUUUUGUACAUGUAUCUGUUUUGGCUCAUCUUGUUUGUCAUCUUGGCAAAAGCAGUGUAGCGGACUUGCAUGGACAAAAGUGUGCGUGAACAAGAGUUUGGUGGUGGGAAACAUUUAGAACAGAUUGUAGUUGAUAGAACAUUGCAAAUUAAAAAAAUGUAAGGAAAAAGAGGCCAAGCUCAAAUGCAAUACAAAAAACAGUAUGCGCCCAUGACAGUUUUGAUUUUUGCCAAAGAGUCACACAAGCUGCUUUUUGUCUUUGCCUCCAAUUGACAUGCAAAACUAUGUUACACAGGGAGGUUUACACUUAUGCACUGAGACAUUGACGACUCUUCUUCUAACUCUAUGCCCAGAGAAAAAAAAAUAGAUUGCUGAGUACAUGAAUCACUUGACAGAGCAGCAGAGAAUCGACAGGAAUUCCACAUGCGACAAGCUCUUCCAAGGCUUAAUCAUCAGACCUCCUGGACGCCAAUGGUUUAUUUAUCUUUUUUUAUUUUUUUCUCCAUGACAGACAUCUUGUUCCACUGUGUUAUAUGGAAGUAGAGCUGUGGAGCUUGCUUCUGUCCAGGAAAGCAUUUUUAUAAAAGACCUAGCAAGUGUCGCUAAAGUUGUUUCAAUUGUAUUAAUGCAAAAAAAAAAAAAGACACCCUGAUUGUGUUUGUGCUUACCAACUUCAUUUGUCAUGACAGCUUAUCUAUGGAGAAGG